CGAAGUGUCGGCCUUAUAAAUCUCCCUCUUUCUCUCUCCUCUCGCUACACCGUCGCGUAGAGCUCCCACGCCAGCUCUAUCUAUCCCUUUCAUGGCGGCGUCCCAGGCGAGCCUUCUGCUUCAGAAACAGCUCAAGGAUCUUUGCAAGAACCCAGUAGACGGGUUCUCGGCCGGUCUGGUCGAUGAAAACAAUAUCUUUGAGUGGAGCGUCACGAUUAUCGGACCGCCGGAUACACUAUAUGAAGGGGGAUUCUUCAAUGCCAUCAUGAGCUUUCCUAAUAAUUAUCCGAACAGCCCUCCGACGGUUAAGUUUACUUCAGAUAUAUGGCAUCCCAACGUCUAUCCUGAUGGCCGUGUUUGCAUAUCAAUUCUUCAUCCUCCUGGUGAGGAUCCAAAUGGUUAUGAGCUUGCAAGUGAGCGCUGGACGCCUGUCCAUACGGUUGAAAGCAUAGUUUUGAGUAUAAUAUCAAUGCUAUCCAGUCCGAAUGACGAAUCUCCUGCAAAUGUUGAAGCUGCGAAGGAGUGGAGAGAUCGGAGAGACGAUUUCAAGAAAAAGGUGAGCCGCUGUGUGAGAAAGUCACAAGAAAUGCUAUGAAUGAAUAUGACGUGCUACCAAAUGAAGCAUUUUCUCCUCUCUGCACAAGUGUGUCGUCAGAGAGGAUGUGUUAAUUGGCAAAGCCUUGGCCCUUGUAGAAUGCCAUUGAUUUUCUCACUUUUAAAAAUAUCUUCAUUUCUUUUUGUUCUUUGUUUUUGUUUUUGUUUUGUAUUUGUUUUUCUUCUCAUUGUCUAGUAAUUGUUAAAACGUGGAACAUCUUUGUAUUCAAUUAGUAUUUGCCCAUUUGA